AAAAGCGGCUCGGUUGAAAGAAAAUCGACAGCAUUUAUAUUGUAUACGCACUAUACUCAUCCAUCCCGUGAUCGCGUGUCAUCGUGUGCCGUGCGUGCGGUAGCCGGUCGCGGGUAGAACAGGCGCGGACAGCCGCGUCGCCAUGGGUUGGCAAAGCCGUCCGGUCCGGACCACGCUGUGGGUGCCGCGCGCACUUUAGGCACCACUGGCAGAGAGGAGCGCGCAUCACCGUCGGAGACGGCGGCGGCGAGAGAGGACCGACGAAUCGACCGGGCGGAUGUUUUUAACGCGGGCAUCCGCCGUAGCGACCCGGUCAAACCGGCCGCCUCGCGCGUUUUCCACUGCCCCCGCCAAGCCGCACGACCGGCCGGAACCGUCCGCCACCGCAUCGGCACGUCAUUUCCUCUUCCUCACCCGCCGACCAAACGUCAAACCUCAGACCCUCCCGAGCGUCGCCCGCGUAUUCGGUAUUAGUGUAUUACCAUUAUUGUUGUUGUUGUUGUUGUUGUUACAAUAUUUUAUCGAACGGUGGGCGCCCGUCCGGCGGAUACCGGCGACCCGCACGUCACCGUUUCCGAUCCGUUCGUACCGGGCGGCGACGGCCGACCGCCGUUUAGACCGCAGUCAACGGUCGUACACGAGCACGGGCACACACACGUUUACUGCUACUGGCUUUGCUUGUCAUUAUUGUUAUUGUCAUCAUCAUCGUCGGCGUCGUCAUUAAUAUUUACUCCAUUGCGGUAAUCUCGUACGCACAAACGUCACCGAGUUUAAGUAUUCUAUAAUACCACGAUAAACGACAGCCGGUAAAAGGUAUUAUUGGCCGUAAGAUACCUCCACCCAUAUAACCACAGGUCGAACGACUUUAAUAUUAUGGUCUAUUUCACGGAAAAACUCAUAAACGAGAUACGCAAGCGGUCGUGCAUAUGGGACACGGCCGACGUGAACCAUCUGAACAAGGAAGUGCUGACCAACAUGUGGACGGAGAUCGCCGGAAAUCUUUACUCCGAUUGGCACUCACUCAGCGGUUUCGAUAAACGUGAAAGAGUGACUGAUGUCAAGAAAAAGUGGACAAACAUCAAAGACUCCUUCGUCAAAGACGUCAAGGGCAACAAACCGAGAAAGUCCAUGUGCUUGCCCGAGCACCGGAAAAAGUACUAUCUGUUCGAUCACCUUCAGUUUCUGAUACCGUUCAUCCAAGAUACGAAAACCAGUGGCGGCGGUCGAUCGGUCGAAGACGGUGCCGGCAAACCGGCGAGCAAGAAAAUGCGUAAAAACACGCUGCACGGCGAAGGCUCGUCGCUGAACGCACCCUCGAUGGCGGCAGCGCCACCCUCGGAAACCGCGCCCAAAAGACCGGAAACGCUUCAACAGGAUGUGCAGCAGCACGCCGACUUGCUCAACAAAUUUGCGGGCAAGACGGUUGCAGACGCGCUGUGCCAGCUGGACGGCGAUUUGUCGUUUAUGGUGUCACUGUUGCCCACCAUCAAGUCGAUGAACGAAAGGCAAAAGAUCAACUUCAAGAUCGGAAUCCUGCAGCUCGUGUCCCGGAUCAAGUUCGACGAAGUGCAAAAUAAUCCCCCGGAUACGCCCACGUAUGAGCAGUUUACUGUGGCGACCCCCAAUCGCAAGUGCUUUCCAACGGGGCGUCAACUGCAGCAGGCAGCGGGCGUUAGACACCCGCUCGUCUACGCAACUGUGACUUCUACUCAGCAAGUGCAGCACCACACCGACCGACAACCGGCCGUCGAGCACGAGUCACCGCGGGUUAAACAGGAAGUGGUCGACUCGAGUCCGGGGUCAUCGUCGUGGUGUUUCGACAUCGACACCAGCACCGAAGAAGAUAUGGAUUACCCUUGAUUGAGAUAAUUAUAAACCAUCCUAAUUAUUGUAUAUAGAUGUACGCAAUGAUUAAUUAUAUUUUAUUUAAAGAAACUCUAACAAAUCAUACCUACCAUAUUAAUAUAUUAUAAUAUGUCAUAAUAUUAUGUCUAUCUAUGUAUUGUGAAUAAAAAUGUACAUUUUACGUA